UUCCCCUCUCCUUUCCCUUCACGAUUCUUUCCUCUUCCCAUUGUUCCUCUUGCUUCUCCCCCCUCUCUUCCCUCCCGCGUCCCUCUUUACUGCUCCGCCGCCUGCUCCUCCUCCCAUUCCCCCAUCCCUUCCUCCUCCGCAGAAUCGCUCCUCCCUCCUUCCUCACCCCUCUCAUCCGCUCUCCGCACCGCUCUCCGCCUACUCCUUUCCCUCCCCUCCCUCUGGCCCCACCUCCACCGCUUCAACAACGGCCUCCUCACUAACUACCAUCUGCUUUCCUCAUCUCCUGAGUUCGCCACCCAAAUCUGCCAGGGAGCAAUUGCUAUCGCCACCUCUUGGAAAUUACGAAACGGAGACAGUGUUCUAGACCAAAGCGACGGCGUUUUACUGGAAGAGGCCGUCUUAAGCUUAGUCCUUAUCAAAGCCGUGGAAGUUCAGGACGAGGCCGGCCGUUGUCUAGGAAUCGCCGUAUACGAUCCUAACUUUUCAUGGAUCAAUCAUAGCUGUUCGCCUAACUCAUGUUUUCGGUUCUCUGUUUCCCGUCCCAAUGCUACCUCGUUUGGGGAGGACUCAAGCUCCUCGCUACGGAUUGUUCCUAGCGUUUCAGAUGAUGACUCUUGUGUUUGUAUCUGUUCUGAUUACAUGAAAGGAACCAAGGGAUACGAAUAUGGUCCGAAAAUAAUAGUGGGGAGUAUUAAGAGAAUCAAGAAAGGGGAGGAAGUUUGUGUUUCAUACACUGAUUUGCUUCAACCGAGGGCAAUGAGGCAAUCAGAUUUAUGGUUUAAAUAUCAGUUUACUUGUUCUUGUAGGCGAUGCACCAUGUCUCCCUCUUAUGUUGAUCAUGCAUUAGAGGAAUUGGCUUCCAAUCUGUUCUCUUCAAGCUUGCAUUUUGAUUUCGAUCUUUAUAGGGAUGAAGCAAAUAAAAAGUUUUCUGAUUACGUCGAUGAAACUGUUACCGGGUUUCUAUCAGUUGGUGAUCUUGAGUCCUUCUGUAUGAAGCUUGAGAGUGUGCUGAGCCUAGAUCUUUAGAUUGAGCAAUUAGAACACGGGGAUGGAAAAUCACAUCUCAAUGUCAAGUUUCAUCCCUUUCACCAUAUUGCUCUCAGUGCUUAUACGACACUCACUUCUGCAUAUAGAAUACGUUCAUCUGACGACUUAGCCCUACAUUCAAGAACAGAUGAAUCUCAAUUCAAAGCUUUUGACAUGAGUAGGAUCAGUGCAGCUUACUCUGUUGUUGGCAGGUGCAACUCACCAUUUGUUUUCUUUGGAAUCUUCUUUGAUUGUCUGCUGCAAAUUUCUGGAAGCAAGCAGGGGAGUCUUUAUUAACCCUUGCUAGAAACUGUGUAUGGAACUCGUUGGGGUUGCCCGUCUCAGAACUCUCGACAAUUGUGAAGUAUAUAUGCUCCAAGUGCUCAUUG